AUGGCUGAAGAAGAGGAAGCCACGGAGAAAGUUAUCCGGAUCCAGAGGGUGUUUAUAAACCUGCUGGAUUCAUACAGCAGCGGGAACAUCGGGAAGUUUCUGUCUAACUGCGUAGUCGGGGCUUCCCUUGAAGAAAUUACAGAAGAAGAGGAAGAAGAAGAUGAAAAUAAGUCAACCAUGCCGGAAGCCUCAUCAGCCAAACUGAAGGAAGGCACCUUCCAGAUUGUGGGCACGCUCUCCAAGCUCGAAAGCGUCCAGCCCGACUUUGCCGUGGAGACAUACAGUACCAUCUCUCGAGAAGACCUUCUCAUGCGCCUCCUGGAGUGUGACGUCAUCGUUUAUAACAUCACUGAGAACCCACAGCAAGCAGAGGAGGCCAUCUGGGCAGUCUCUGCACUGAAUGAAGAAGUCAGCCACUUUGAGAAGCGCAAGGUAUUUAUUUUAGUAUCCACGGUGAUGACCUGGGCACGAUCCAAACCCCUGGACCCUGAUGAUUCUGAGAUUCCAUUUACUGAAGAGGAUUAUCGAAGAAGAAAACACCAUCCAAAUUUUCUGGACCACAUAAAUGCCGAAAAAAUGGUUCUCAAAUUUGGAAAAAACGCCAAAAAAUUUGCAACUUACGUGGUUGCUGCCGGACUUCAGUAUGGAGUAGAAGGAGGCAUCUUACAUUAUUUUUUUAAGAUCGCUUGGUUGGGUGAGGUCCCUGCAUUACCCGUGUUUGGAGAUGGAACAAAUGUAAUUCCAGCAAUUCAUGUUCUUGACCUAGCAGGAGUGAUACAAAACAUCAUAGACCACGUGCCGAAGCUUCAUUACCUGGUUGCAGUGGAUGAGUCUGUUCAUACCCUGGAAGACUUGGUCAAGUGCAUCAGUAAAAAUACUGGCCCUGGGAAAAUCCAGAAAAUACCCAGAGAAAAUGCUUUCCUAACCAAGGACUUAACACAAGAGUGCCUUGACCAUUUACUGGUCAAUUUGAGAAUGGAAGCACUUUUUGUGAAGGAGAAUUUUAACAUUCGAUGGAGUGCCCAAACAGGAUUUGUGGAAAAUAUCAACAAUAUCCUCAAAGAGUACAAGCAAAGCAGAGGACUAUUGCCGAUCAAGAUCUGCAUUCUGGGUCCUCCUGCUGUGGGAAAAUCCAGUAUUGCCGAAGCCUUGUCUAAGUAUUACAAGUUGCAUCACAUUAAAUUGAAGGAUGUUAUUUCCGAAGCCAUAGCGAAACUGGAGGCGAUUGUCACACCUAAGGAUGAAGGGGAAGAGGAAGAAGAAGGUGAGGAGGAGGAAGAGGAGGAGAAUGUGGAAGAUGCACAGGAGCUCUUGGAUGGCGUCAAAGAAAGCAUGGAGCAGAAUGCAGGCCGACUAGAAGAUCAAUAUAUAAUUAGAUUUAUCAAAGAAAAGGUGAAAUCUAUGCCUUGCAGGAAUCAAGGUUAUAUUUUGGAUGGAUUCCCAAAGACCUAUGAUCAAGCUAAAGACCUGUUCAAUCAAGAAGACGAGGAGGAAGAAGAAGAAGUCAGAGGCAAAAUGUUUCCCUUUGAUAAACUAAUCAUACCUGAGUUCGUUUGUGUGCUGGACGCCUCGGAUGAGUUCCUGAAGGAGCGGGUGAUGAACCUUCCUGAGAGCAUUGUGGUGGGGACCCAUUACAGCCAGGACCGCUUCCUCCGGGCUCUGAGUAACUACCGGGACCUCAAUACUGAAGAUGAGACUGUCAUCAACUAUUUCGAUGAGAUUGAAAUCCACCCAAUACAUAUUGAUGUAGGAAAACUUGAAGACCCUCAAAACAGACUUGCUAUCAAACAGCUCAUCAAAGAGAUCGGGGAGCCUCGAAAUUAUGGUUUAACAGAUGAAGAAAAGGCAGAAGAGGAGCGGAGGGCUGUGGAGGAGCGGCUGGCCAAGGAGGCGAUGGACGAAGCAGAACGGGAGGCCAAGGAAGCCGUGGAGUUGGCCGAGAAGAUCGCUCGCUGGGAGGAGUGGAAUAAACGACUAGAGGAAGUGAAAAGAGAAGAAAGAGAAUUACUAGAGGCCCAGUCUAUUCCCCUGAGAAACUAUUUAAUGACCCACGUUAUGCCAACACUGAUGGAGGGGCUGAAUGAGUGUUGUAAGGUCAGACCGGAUGAUCCCGUUGAUUUUCUGGCAGAGUAUCUCUUCAAGAACAAUCCUGAAAUGCAGUGAAACUUUCAAGAUCGUGUGCGAUAUACCUUUACAGAGAUAGAGAUGAGGUUAACAGUGUAAUUUGAAAAUUUGCUUGAAAAAAAAGUUUUUCCAGUUUUGGGGAAAUUCUUUGUCUUCCCCACAGGCAAAUACUUUGUUAUUUUUUCUUAAUACUUCGUAAUUUUUUUUUGCAAA